AAGAAGUGGGAGGAGCUGACCACAUGGCCUCUAGCUCUGUAGAAAAGCUAACUAUGUCAAAGCCUAAACGCAGCAAUCCUGACAGCAGUCAAGGUCCUUCUUCAAAGAAAUCCAAGAAUGAAGACUUCUCUUUCCCUCCCUCGACCUUUGAGGAGGAGCUAGCCUUGCUGGAGUCCAUGGACCCCCCACCUGCACCAGUACAUGUACCAGUGGACAGCCACCCCCCUGCUGCCCCCUCAAGCAGCCUCCAGGGGGGCACACAGCAGAGGGACAAGUGGGCCAGACCACCCCCUCCAACCAUCGACCCCUCCACCCAUCCUCUCAUCUUCCAGCAGAUUGAUAUAGACCACUAUGUUGGCAGUGCCAUGGCGGGUAUGCCCGGAGCCAUGUCCGGACCUGUACCAGUGCUCAGGAUGUUCGGUGUGACUAUGGAGGGUAAUAGUGUGUGCGCACACAUUCACGGCUUUCAUCCAUACUUCUACGUGCCAGUGCCAGUGGGGGAGAAUGGUUUCCUUGAGGAACAUUGUUCAGCAUUUAGAGCCAACCUGAAUAGAGCCGUGCUAGACGACAUGCGUUCCAACAAGGAGGGAGUGCAGCAAGCUGUUCUAGCGGUGGAGAUAUGUAACAACAAGUGCUCAAUGUAUGGAUUUUACUUCAACAAAAAAUUCCCGUUCCUCAAGAUAACGGUAGCUCUCCCUCGAUUGGUCGCUGCUACACGUCGUGUGUUGAGUACGAGGCUGGUCCCUCCCUAUGGGUCUCUGGAGGGUCAGUCAUAUGAGAGCAAUGUCGAGUUUGAGGUACGGUUUAUGGUAGACACGAGUGUGGUGGGAUGCAACUGGAUAGAGUGCCCCCCUGGUGAGUACAAGCUGCGGAGUCCCUCCCCCCUCUCCAGUGAUACCACCUCUGUGUGCCCCAACACUGGCUUCACAGCGACAGGCUCCACCCACCCACUACCAGCCACCAAGGCGCAGAUUGAACUAGAUAUUUCAUGGGAGGCCUUCACCAGCCAUCCUGCUGAGGGGGACUGGCAGAAAAUAGCUCCUCUGCGCAUUCUGAGCUUUGAUAUUGAGUGCCAGGGACGGAAGGGGAUAUUUCCUGAGGCAGAGAGAGAUCCUGUGAUCCAGAUAGCCAACAUGGUGGUCAGUCAGGGGGAGAAAGACCCCUUCAUCAGGAAUGUGUUCACUCUGGAUAGCUGUGCCUCCAUCGUGGGUAGUGAUGUCAUAUCCUUUGACAAAAAGCACGAAGGAAGGAUGCUCAAGGAGUGGAGUAACUUUGUACAGGAAGUGGAUCCUGAUGUAAUCACUGGCUACAAUAUUGUGAAUUUUGACCUCCCCUACCUUCUCAACAGAGCCAAGGCUCUUAAAGUUUCAUUGUUCCCCUACCUUGGGCGAGUAUGGAACAGUGUAACUACGAUGAAGGACUCCACAUUUGAAUCCAAGGCUUACGGGAAGAGGGUCAAUAAGGUCAUUGCCAUAGAAGGACGGAUACAGUUCGAUAUGCUGCAGAUUCUCAUGCGGGACACAAAGCUGCGAUCCUACACUCUCAACUCUGUCAGCUACCACUUCCUCCAGGAGCAAAAGGAAGAUGUUCCUCACACCAUCAUAGCUGAUCUCCAGUGUGGCAAUGAGCAGACACGGCGGAGGCUGGCAGUGUACUGUAUGAAAGAUGCUAUUCUUCCUCUGAGGUUAUUGGAUAAGCUCAUGUGCCUCAUCAACUACAUGGAGAUGGCGCGUGUGACUGGGGUGCCUCUCAGCUACCUCCUCUCCAGGGGACAACAAAUCAAAGUCGUAUCACAGCUUCUCCGAGAGGCUAGAGAGCAUGACUUGUUGAUGCCAGUACACAAGCCAGAGCAAGGAGAAGAGUACACUGGGGCCACUGUCAUAGAGCCUGAGAAGGGUUACUACGAUGUUCCCAUAGCAACGCUGGACUUUUCGUCCCUGUACCCGUCCAUCAUGCAGGCUCACAACCUGUGCUACACCACGCUGCUCCUCAGCCCAGCAGACAGAGCUCAACUUGCUCCAGACCAGUUCAUCAAGACUCCCUCUGGUAACUACUUUGUGAAGGCAAGUGUAACUAAAGGCCUCCUGCCAGUCAUUCUCGAGGGACUGCUCUCUGCUAGAAAGAAGGCCAAGGCUGAGCUCAAGAGUGAGACUGACCCCUUCAGGAGAAAAGUGCUGGAUGGGCGCCAGUUGGCCCUCAAGCUCAGUGCUAACUCAGUGUAUGGGUUUACAGGGGCCACCGUGGGGAGGCUGCCUUGUAUAGAGAUAUCCCAGAGCGUGACAUCAUUCGGACGUCAGAUGAUCGAAUGUUCCAGUCAACUGGUGGAGGACAAGUACUGUGUUGCCAAUGGUUACGCUCACGACACCAAGGUGAUCUAUGGAGACACUGACUCUGUCAUGGUGAGGUUUGGAGUGGACACAGUGGGAGAGAGCAUGCGUCUCGGCAAGGAAGCAGCUAGCUACAUAUCAGCUCAGUUCCCUCAUCCCAUCAAGCUAGAGUUUGAGAAGGUGUACUUCCCUUAUCUCCUCAUCAACAAGAAGAGGUAUGCUGGUCUCUUCUUCACUAACCCUGAUACCUACGACAAGAUGGACUGCAAGGGAAUAGAAACUGUUCGCCGUGACAACUGUCCCCUUGUAGCUAACGUCAUCAACACUUGUCUACAUAAGAUACUCAUUGACAGGUCCCCACAAGGUGCCCUGGCAUAUGCCCAACAGACCAUAGCAGAUCUGUUGCGUAACAGGAUAGACAUCUCUCAGCUGGUCAUCACCAAAGAGCUCACAAAAACUAGCAAAGAGUACACUUCAGGGGCUGGGAACAGACUGGCACACGUGGAACUAGCACAGAGGAUGCGUAAGCGUGAUCCAGGCUCGGCCCCUAACCUCGGGGACAGAGUACCGUAUGUCAUCAUCGCCAGCACUAAGGGUGCCGCUGCAUACAUGAAGUCAGAGGACCCUAUACAUGUACUAGAGCACAACGUUCCCAUAGACACAUCUUAUUAUCUGGAGAACCAACUAGCAAAGCCUCUACUUAGAAUAUUCGAGCCCAUCCUCGGUGACAGUAAAGCCAAGAGUGAGCUGCUGCACGGUAGCCACACUCGCUGCAAGACAAUGGUGUCAUCCUCCGGGGGCUCUGGUCUGAUGGCCAAGUUCAUUACUAAGAAGAACACUUGCCUCGGCUGCAGAGCUGUGCUCCAGAACCAAGACUCUGCUGUGUGCCCUAACUGUCAGAACAAGGAGUCUGAGAUCUACCAGACAGAGGUAGGUUACCUAGCAACCCUGGAGGAGCGAUUCUCUCGUCUCUGGACCCAGUGUCAACGUUGUCAAGGAAGUCUCCACGAAGAUGUGCUGUGUACAAGUCGGGAUUGUCCGAUAUUCUACAUGCGUAAGAAGGUGCAGAAAGACUUGAGUGAUCAAGAUAAGUUGGUGGAGCGGUUUGGGACCAGCGACUGGUAGCUACUUGUCUCCAUGACAACCACGAGACUGUACAAUGACUGAAUAUAAUAAUGAAUAAUAAAAAUAAAGUUGUAAGAA